UUUCGUGAAAAGCAAGCUGCAGUCCUAGAGUCGAUCAAAUUUCAGGGUCGUUUAAUGGCCGCAUUCGAGCAGGAGACCAGAACGUCCUGGUUCAAUUCUGCUGAGCAUGACGGCGAAAAGUCAUCGCUACUCCCGGCGACGCAGCACAUUCGCACAGAAGCUCAAGCCCUCCUGCAGGAGUUUGCGGAUCAUCCCCUUCCCGACCUUACAGCUUUGCUUCAGCCAAAAGAGAAUGGGACCAGGGUAGGUCCGACACUU